GUCGUAAAAACUGUCAUACUACUACGCCUCCAUAAGCUCAUGCUUUAAUUGGCUCUAAACGACUACAGCUGCCACGAACCGGCACCCUCCGGCUUACAGCUUUACGCCCACGUGCAGGCCACUAAUUAGCAUGCAGUCCAACCAAACCCUGCGAACCGCGUUUAUAGUCCAACUUUCAUUGUAACCUUCACCGACGCCUCUUCCUGCUCUCUUCGUCUUACCCUCAAGUCGGCCUGACCCUUAAUACACAUCCGACAGGUUAGAAUGGAACGACUACGGAAACAGUUCGCUGAAGACACUUCACUAUACCCGGACGUAACAGUAGGAAGAACUCAGAAACCAAUAUCCGUUGCCUCCUCCAUUAUAAGUGUUUCGUCUACCGCUUCCUCAGUGGCAGGGCCACAGCAGCGGUCUGAACCUAUCGUAAUUUCUGACUCCGAGGAUGAUGAGCCCCAACCACUACGCCCCGUCCAGCGCAACAUCCAGUCGCAGGCAGGACCUUCGCAACCACGGCCAAUUGCCACCAAACCCAUGGCUAAAGCUAUACCUAUUCACAUUCCCACUAACCGGGACCUGCCUCAAGUGGUUCCUCGCGCUCGAAGAGAAGAUGACGAAUUCAAUCUCGAUGCAGCGAAUGGGAUCAUCGAAACUUACAUGUCACAGGCUGAAGCCCACAAGGCACUCCAAGACCUAGUUUCUGACGCGUACAACCAAAUUGACCAGCCAGUUUCAGUUGAAGAUGCCAUUGUGGAUGGCUUCAAUGAAGGCAUAACCCUUCUUCCUCAUCAAGUCCUUGGCCGAAAGUGGAUGGCCGAACGGGAGUCAGGCAAGAAAUCGGGUGGUAUCCUUGCUGACGACAUGGGUCUCGGUAAAACCAUCCAAACCUUGACACGCAUUGUUGAGGGUCGGCCAAAGAAGGAAGAUCUUAAGAUAGGAUACGCGAAGGCUACACUUGUUGUUUGUCCAGUCGCUGUCGUCAGUCAAUGGGCGGAAGAAAUUAGGAAGAUGACAAAGGGCCUCAGGGUCAUUGAACAUCAUGGACCGAGUCGUACUUCUGAUCCGACUAUUUUGGCAGGGGCAGACGUUGUGAUUACGUCGUACAACAUUCUGGCGUCUGAGCACGCAUCCUACUCCCCAGUAACAAGAGACGAGUCGAAGUCGAAGUCGAAGUCGAAAUCAAAGAAACAGUCUCUUGGUUCGGAUUCAGAAGACUCUGAUUCUUCGUCCAUCGGUCGAACUAUCAAGGCCAAGCCGAAGAAGGUGAAGGAUGCCCUGCUUCGUGUCAAGUGGUGGCGCAUCGUGCUCGAUGAAGCCCACAAUAUCAAGAAUAAGACAACCAAGGCAGCUAUUGCCUGCUGCGCCCUCGAUGCAAAGUACCGUUGGUGCUUGACCGGGACACCUAUGCAAAACAGCGUGGAGGAGUUGUAUUCUUUGAUAAAGUUUCUACGUAUCAAACCUCUCAAUGAUUGGCCUACAUUCAAGGAGCAGGUGGCCCAGCCAAUCAAGAAUGGGCGAGCAGCUCGUGCUUUGAAGCGACUGCAGGUCGUUCUCCAGGCAAUCAUGUUGCGACGCACAAAGACUACUCUCCUCAACGGAAAACCUCUCUUGGAUCUCCCCGAUCGUAUUGUGAAUGUCGUUCAUUGCGAGUUUGAUAAGGAGGAACGUGCUUUUUACAAUGGCGUACAAGAGCGCGUCCAGGAUCGUGUCGAUAAGUUGGAAGCGGCAGGUCAAUUACAGAAGGCAUAUACUUCUAUGUUGGUGCUUUUGCUCCGAUUGCGCCAAGCAUGCAAUCAUCCGUCCCUCCUCGGCGUAGACUACAAGAAGGAUCAAGAAGCUGUAGAGCCCAAGGCCUCAAAGAAUAACGAUGAUGAUGAGGCCGAUGAGUUGGCUGCGCUCAUGGGUGGACUCGGAUUGACCAAACGUUGUCAGUUUUGCCAAACUGAAUUGAACUCGACAAACAAGGCUGAAGUUGAGGAGAGUUGCAUCGACUGCGUCGACAUAAUGCGAAAGUCUCGCAGGAAGUCUGUUGCUCCGAACUCUGAUUUACCCCCGGACUCUGCCAAAACGCGGAAAAUCAUGGAGUUGCUCGCGGAGAUCGACAAGCGGUCGGACUCGGAGGAGAAGACAAUCAUCUUCUCUCAAUUCACUAGCAUGCUCAAUAUUAUUGAGCCAUUCUUGAAAGAUAAGGGCAUCCGCUACGUGCGCUAUGACGGCUCCAUGAACAAGCUUGAGCGUGAUGUUGUUCUAGAGAAGAUCAAGAAGAGCCGGUCUACACGACUUAUCCUGAUCUCGUUCAAGGCUGGUAGCACGGGCCUAAAUCUAACUUGUUGCAACAACGUGAUCCUUGUGGAUCUUUGGUGGAACCCCGCAUUAGAGGAUCAAGCAUUCGAUCGUGCACAUCGUUUAGGUCAAACUCGCAACGUCCAUAUCUACAAGCUCUCAAUUCCUGACACUGUUGAAGAGCGUAUUCUGGAGCUCCAAGAGAAGAAGCGGGCUCUCGCAACAGCCGCACUUUCGGGCGACAAGCUUAAGAAUAUGCGUCUUGGUAUGGACGACCUCAUGGCUCUCUUCAGGUCAGGCCACGAUGAGGACGACGAGGAUGAUUAAGACUAGCAUGUCUAUUUAUUACUUUCUUGCAUACACCAUGUUCUCCUUAGAAACCUUGCAUAUCGCUUUCAAUGCUAUCCGGACUUGCUCUCGUACACAUUUUAAUAUGGAUGAUGUCUGACCUUUACCUUCCGACAGCAUGGAUUCUAUACGGCAUUCAGACGGAUGCGACUUCGUAAAGAUUU